CGUUGAUCAUGGACUUUACAGAAAUCUACAAACAAUCCGGAAAUCUCGCGUCGUUCAGCCCGGGCGCUCACUUCAUCCUUAAUGCUGUUGAGAACACCUUGAUUGUCAGGCGAACGGAUACUCUACAGAUUACGCGCACAUGGACAGUCACCGCGCCUUCCAGCACAGCUAGCAUUCUAUCUAGUUCGAAAACAACUCCAUCAAGCUCGGGAAUUUCGCCAGAAGGGUGGAUAUCUCACGCUGGCUGGUCCUGCGACUCCGAAUAUCUUCUCGCUGCAUCUGCGAAGAAAGGCGCAGUAGAGGUUUUCAAGCUUCGGGACGAAAAUUGGAAUGCCCGAAUCGAAGCUGGCGUUGAAGGCCUCCUCAAAGCUGAGUGGGCACCUGACGGUCGUCACAUUUUCUGUUUUUCUCAGUGGGGCCUUCGAGUUACUAUUUGGUCUUUAGUCACUGGAAAUGCCACUUACAUACAGUUUCCAAUACACCCUGACAGAGGUUAUGCUUUCCGUUCGGAUUCCCGCUACUUUGUAUUGGCUGAGCGACAUAGGUCGAAAGAUGCCAUCGGUGUGUAUGACACAACUGACUGUUACAAAUUAGUACGGCAUUUCCCUGUACCAACGUCCAAUCUGUCAUCGCUGGCUUUAUCCCCGACUGGUAAUCAUAUCGCCAUUUGGGAGGGCAUUUUGGAAUACAAGCUGCAUAUCCUAUCUCUAGCCGGAGAUGUGCAAGGGACUUUUUCACCCAAGCCAAAUCCAGGGUUUGGUGUUCGUAAUGCAGCUUGGCAUCCUACUGGAAUGUUCCUUGCUGUAGCAGGAUGGGACGAUAAGAUCCACAUUCUUGAUGGCCUGACUUGUAAGAUACCAGUGGGCGCCACACUAUGGCGGGAACCGUCAAACUGGCUUGAAACCACGCAAGGUCGAGGAUUUCUGUCUUAUGAACGACUACAAGGGCCACAAACAAUCAGCUUGCAGCGCACAGAUCCGACGAAGCCGAACCCGAAGUCGGGUGCAGUCCAGCUUGAAUGGAAUAAGACUGGCACAUUGUUGCUAGUGCGGUUUGAAAACUGCCCCACGAUAGUCCAUUUGUACGAUUUUCCAGCAUCGUCAGAUCCAUUCGUUCCCCGGUUGCGUUGUGUUUUUCAACACUCGAAGCCAAUACUACAGGCACAGUGGAACCCAGUCCGUAAAGGCAGCUUGGCCAUGUGCAGUGGGAGUGGUAGUAUCUACACAUGGAGUGACGAAUGGAUUGGAGAGAAUGGGGUAGAGGAAGAUAUGGCGGAGUGCAUCGGUGUACCUGCGAAUACAAAAUUCGAAACAAAAAGUAUCAAAUGGGCUCCCGACGGGAAAGGGCUGGUGUUGUUAGACAAGGAGGUAUUUUGUUGCGCGUUUGAGGUGGAAGACGAUGGUGCGGAAAGCUAACAAUACAGUUGAUGUGCUCAUAAAUGCGAUUGUUAAAAGUUCAUGCAUAUGACCUCUGCCUUCCCCACGUACAGAGGUUGCCAAUGACAUCUUUGUCAUUUGAAUGCACGGUAUCAAAG